AUGGCGGACCUCUUUCGAGAUAGUGUUGCCGGCCAGCUCUUACGAUAUGCUUUCCCGGGCACUUUGCAAUACCCGGAAGAGAAACUAGAAUUCAAGCUUCCUCCCGGUUUCCAGCUUUCUGGCCUGUCAUCUAACACUUCUGAACGCACGCUAUCUGGGCUAGAGGAGCGUAAGCCAGACGCAGCUGGACCUCAAUCGAUAAAUGGAACGUCUGAAGGACCGACGGUUUACCCUGAUCCUGAUUCUUCUUCACCGAACUCCAAAGCCGGUGUCGACAGCCGAUCAGUCGAAAAUGAUGAGCAGCCUGAGCCCAACGUUCUUAAAACAAAUUCUGAUUUAGAGGGGACUCCUUCAAGGGCGAUAAAGGAUGAAGUCACCGAUACCCCGAUUAUGCCUGAGGAGUCCCCGGAUGGCAUUGUCCUGGUAGAUUGGUACUCCCCUGAUGACCAGGAGAACCCACAGAACUGGAGUAAUACUAAGAAAAAUUUAGUCGCAGCCCAAAUUUUUACAUAUACAUUUGCCGUCUAUAUGGGAUCCUCCAUAUACACUUCAAGUAUUCCAGAUAUUCAAAUUGUCUUUGGCGUUUCUACCACUGUUGCCUCCUUGGGUCUCUCCUUAUAUGUCCUUGGCUAUGGCGUUGGGCCAAUGUUAUUCUCUCCCCUUAGUGAGAUGCCCAUCGUUGGUCGAAACCCUCCUUAUAUCGUGACUUUCGGGCUGUUCGUCAUUUUGAGUCUACCGACAGCUCUUGCCGAUAAUUUUGCAGGGCUCAUAACACUCCGGUUCUUGCAAGGGUUUUUCGGAAGCCCGUGUUUGGCAACUGGAGGUGCCUCGCUCGGUGAUAUGUACCCUUUCGUUAAGCUCCCUUACGCCUUAGCGAUAUGGGUUGUCUUCGCGUCUGUAGGUCCAGCACUAGGCCCGCCGAUUUCAGGUUUCAGUGUUCCAGCAUUGAAUUGGCGGUGGUCGCUCUGGGAAAUACUCAUAUUUUCUGGCCCUGUCUUUCUGGUUCUUUUCUUCUUUCUACCGGAAACUUCUGGGGAUACUAUCCUCUUGAAGAGAGCCGCCAGGCUACGCAAGCUGACGGGAAAUCCAAAACUAAGUUCUCAGUCAGAAAUUAAACAGGCGAAAAUGAGAGUCUCCAAGAUCAUUGUCGAAGCUGCGUGGAGACCAUAUCAGAUCAUGUUCCUUGAUCCAGCCAUCCUAUUUGCAAACGUGUACACCAGCCUUGUCUAUGGGAUCUACUACUCGUUCUUCGAAGUCUUCCCAAUCGUCUACACUGGGAUCUACGAGUUUAACCUUGGAGAAACGGGACUUGUCUUUCUAACCAUUUCUGUUUCAAACGCACUGGCAAUCGUACUAUACUUUACUUAUUUAUACCUAGUAUUUGAGCCAGAAAUCAAGGCGCACGGCUUAAAAUACCCAGAACGCCGCCUAAUCCCAGCCAUAUACUUUUCGGUAUUGGCCUCGGUAGGUUUGUUCCUCUUUGGCUGGACAUGCCGUUCAGACGUCCAUUGGAUAGCCUCCGCGAUUGGGGUAGUUGUGUUCACAGUGGGCAUCUUCAUUGUCAUCCAGUGUAUAUUUGUUUACAUCCCCAUCUCCUAUCCGCAAUACGCUGCCAGUUUGUUUGCCGGUAACGACCUCGUCCGCAGCGCAGUCGCAGCCGCAGCGAUCUUAUUUUCUGGGCCGCUCUUCGGCAAUCUUGGGGUUGUGUAUGGGGUUACCUUACUGGCGUGGCUGACGGUUGGGUGUGUUGGAGGGAUGUUUGCACUCUAUCACUAUGGUGCUAGGCUGCGAGCCAGGAGUCGAUUUGCUGUGAGUGAAUAG